AUGGGUCUCAUGGACACGAGCAGUCGCAGGCGCAGGAGCAAUACGAGCCCUCACGUGGUCACAGCCGCUUCGCCCCGCGCCGAGCCGCACGAGACUGAAAGCCGCGCCUGGAUCUGGCCCAACAAGGUACAGCAGCAGCUGCAGCAUCAGGUCCGCGUCGCCGAUCAGACGUCCGUCAAGCGCCGCAGCGGCGCGCACUGUGCGCUGCGCAAGAGCUACAGCGAACGUCCGUUGGGGUCACCACCGCGCGCUACAGAGGUCCUGAGUACCACGAGCAGCAGUAACGUCCUGGACGAAGCCACGAGCUGCAAGACAGGGGACACGAGGAGUGACGAAGACGAAGCCCAGCGACGCGCGCGGAUCACGGCGCGGGCCGAAGAGAUUCUGCUGGAAAAGCGCCGGGUGGGAAUGCUCGUGGGGGCCACGUGCCCCGUGUGCUUGACCGACGACGUCGACACGCAGCUGUCCGGCUGCGGCCACGUGAUCCACGCCAAGUGCAUCAAGCGCUGGAUCCAGUCGGGCGCGUGCUGUCCCGUGUGCCGCGAGGAGGUCGUGGACAUUGAAGAGGCGUUCACGUCGCCCAGUGUCGCGUCGACGCUGAUGACCAAAGACCGACUCACGUCGUCGUCCGAAGCGACGUACUUACCAGACGACGACGACGACGACGACGACGACGAUGCCGACUAUGAGUGGGGCUGGUUCAAAGACUUUGACGAAGUCGACGACGAGCUGCAGGGACACGCGGCGUCGACGAGCAGCAGCUACGCCGCACGGCGCUCCUUGUUGACUACGUUCCCAGCUGCCUCGACGAGUCGCCAGUCGUUGACGACGAUGACGACGCCCAUGCUGAAUCGAAAGACAACGGGCGCUUUUGACAUGUGCCGCACGUUCCCGCCGCUCCACGAGGUCUAUGACUUGCCCUAUGACAAGAGCAAGUACGCGUGGAUGCGGGUUUUGCCGUCGGACCGCCACAUUGCCGUGAAGCUUCAGAUUCGCAGCUUUCGCAUUGUCGAAGCCAAGACGUCGAAAGCACAGCACGCCGAGUACCUCAUUGAGAUGCAACUGGACGGCCGCUACAUUAGUCGCUGGUGUCGCUACUCGGCGAUCUACCGCUUUGUGUGGUCACUUGACCCGCACCAGUUUCGGCAAUCCAUGGCAGCGUGGCACCCGAUUGAUGCCAAGAGCCGGUGGUUCAACCGCCUUGAACUGAGCUAUCUGCACAAGCGGUGCCGCAUGCUCGAGGAGUUUGCCUACAAGUUGCUGAUCGAGAGCCCGAACGCGCAUCCACUUGCUGACCUGCUCGAGUGCUGA